AUGGGCCCACCAUCAGGACCACCGAAAAGUUUCAAACGCAAGAUCAUACACUCAGCCUCAUCACACCUGGAGUCCUCAUCCAGCAGUAGACCUCACCCGAGGGUGCUGGCCAGUGACUCAGCGGCAGUAGACACGUCACACGAUAUGUGCACUCCGAAGAACAGGCCCACCGCACUCCGGUACAUUAGCAGUAGCAGCAGAGGUGGCUACAGUGGAACUCGUUCAGCAAGAUCUACAAGCGUGUCAGCCGCCGACGCCAGUGUCAUUUUAGCUAUAUCUGAAGGUAGGGGCAUGGCUCGUGGAGAGAUCGGAAUAGCUGCUAUUGAUUUAAGACAUCCUCAUCUAGUGCUGUGUCAAUUUAGCGAUACUUUGCUCUACACUCAUACCCUAACCAAAAUCAAUUUCUUCAACCCUAUUGAGAUAAUAGUGCCCCAUACAUUCUGUGAAGGCGUGCAACCAAAUCAAUUAUACCAGUUGAUCAGGGACCGGUACCCGUUAGUUAACUUGGUGACAGUCCAAAGGAGACACUUCAACGAUGCAGCAGGCCGACAGAAUAUACAAACUCUGUGCGCGCCACAGUACAGUGGGGUCUAUCUACAAGUUGUGCACAAAUUCUAUGCUGUAACAGCGGCAGCAGCUGUGUUGAAGUAUGUUGAAUAUAUCCAGUGUAUUGUAUUUGCAAGAGAAUCUCUGAAAAUUGAAUACCAUUCGUCGGAAAACACCAUGAUCAUAGAUGUAGGAACGGCAACUCAGUUAGAACUAGUACAGCCAUUAGUCCCAUCAGCUGGGCCCACGUGUUGUCUACUCGGCGUGCUCGGCCCCACCUACACUAUAGGGGGCAUUCGAGCGCUAAGGGCCUCUAUACUCCAGCCCUCCUGCAACAAAGACUACAUCGAGUCGAGACUUGAUGCAAUACAAGAUCUGAUUGACAAUGACACUGGGCUUAUUGUUGAUUUGCAGGAUGUGAUAAAGAAAUUAGCUGAUGUUGAUAAAAUCCUGCUGCUAUGCAUGGAGUCAGCUAACCAGAACAUGGACAAAGUAGGUGAGGCUCAGUUAAACCAGACAUUGUUGCUCAAAGUUACCAUGGAUUUGGUGCCAAAGUUGGUGGAGGCGCUGAACGGCGCUGUUAGUGGGAGGCUGAGGAAAAUUAAAAUGGACUUCGAGAACCCACACUACAAUGAAAUAGCAGAACGUAUAAAAAGAAUAAUCCAGGAUGACGCUCACUUAGAAAAGGGGGCUAUGGGCAGUCUUCAACGAUGUUUCGCAGUGAAGCCAGACAUCAACGGCCUGCUAGAUGUAGCCAGGAGAACUUAUUCUGAGCUCAUAGAAGACAUACAGAAGAUUGUAGAACAGCUCAGUGAGACGUAUGACCUAACUCUGCGGUUGAACCAGAAUAUGAUGAAAGGGUUCCACAUCGUACUGCCAUUGGCCCCGAAAAGUAGGAGGUGCUUCAACAUAGAGGAUUUGCCCCCAAUAUUUAUACAGGUUCAUCACAGCGGUGCAAGUGUUACAAUGACUACAGAGGAACUAGUGGUACUGAACCAACAAGCCAAAGAGUCUUUGAAUGAAAUUCAAAAAAUGAGCAACAUAGUUAUUUCUGGGUUAUUAAAAGAGCUUCGUCCGUUCAUGCCGAGUCUGUACACGCUUUGUGAAAAUGUCGCAGAAUUGGAUGUUCUACUGGCUUUGGCUCAAGCUAGCUCUGUCGGGUCUUACAUUCGUCCUGAAUUCAACAGUUACAUGGAUGUAAGGAAUAGCGUGCAUCCUCUUUUGGAUUACAACAGUCAAGUGUUGCCUGUACCAAAUGAUAUUUUAGCAACUCCUGAGCAUAACUUCACAAUAAUUACCGGGCCAAACAUGGGAGGCAAAAGUAUAUACAUAAAACAAGUUGCUGUAAUGCAAGUUAUGGCACAGAUUGGUUGUUUUCUUCCUGCUACAAAUGCCAUUUUAAGACUUUGUGACAGAAUUUUCUCAAGAAUAGGCUUCAAUGAUAGCGUUGAAUUAAAUGCUUCGACUUAUGUAUUUGAGAUAAAAGAAACUCAACACAUCCUGAAAGGAUUGACACCUACGAGUUUAAUAAUAAUAGACGAGUUGUGCAGAGGCACUUGUGUGGAAGAAGGGACAAGUGUAGCAUGGGCUAUCUGUGAAGAACUGAUUAUGAGUAAUGCCUUCACAUUCUUCACAACACACUUCAUGUACCUCACGAGACUGGAAGAACAUUAUUUCAACGUUGUCAAUCGACAUACAGCAGUAACAGAGGAAGAAGUAGGUACUCCAGAAAAUCCACAAAAACGGUUAGUUUACCAGCAUAAAAUUGAACCAGGUGUCACUAAAAUAGAGCAUUACGGACUGGCCCUGGCUGCUAAAACUAAUCUACCAGAAGAUACAGUCAAGUUGGCUCUGGAGUUAGCUGAAUUAAUCUCAAGCAAUACUAUAGCGCAAGAAAUUAGGACUCCACAGAAUGGUGAUGCUCAAUCUCUUUAUAAUCUAAAUGCAACUAUUCAAAAAGAAUGCAGAAAAUACGGCCAUUCGGAGGAGACAGUGAAGAGAAUAGUAACUAAAUUUAAGGCAGACAAUCCACAGAUUUGUAAUAGAUUAAAUGCCCAAUGCGAUAAUAGGACUGAUUGGAGCGCUGAAUGUUCUUAUGUACCAUAUUCUAAAGAAAAAUCAAUACUAUCUAACGAUGAAAGUAACAACGAUAAUGCAUUGAAAAUUACUCGUACUCCGAUUCCUACAUCUCUAGUUGAAAAUUUAGAAUUAAUUGAAGACUUUCAACAUAGGAAUUAUGCCUCAGUACAAUCUUCAGAACAAUUACUGAAUAGUGUCAUUCAUAAUGAUGAUUCUGCUGAUAGAGAUGAUCAAAAUAUAUCUGACGUAGAAAUGAUUGGAAGUGAUACUGAUGAACUACCUAAUUUAGAAGUUAAUGAUACUAAACAAAACAACGCUGAAGAAAGCAAUGAUCAGUUUCAAAAUUCUUACAACAAUAAAACGCAUGAGCAUACACCUACCAGUCACAAUACUGAUAUAAAUGAGGAAGAUACAAAUGCCAUAGAAACUAGUUCCAUAGAUUCUGAAAUUGCUGAAGCUCUGACUCAAAUAGUUGAAGAAUAUUCUUCCAAAAAUGUGACUCAUUCUCCAAGAAGCAGUGACAUGUCUAUCGACGACGAUUUAAUAAAUGAAACCAUCAAUGAAAUUAAUGAUGAACUUUCAACCGGACUUAGUAGCGUAGAAAAUAUAAUUCUUACACCGCCAAUGAGCUUUCGUGAUAUUUAA